UACUGUUUAAUGUCUUAUGACGGAGACGACGCAUUCAAACCAGAAAACAAACCAGAAGAGCGGCCGAGCUGAAGUGACAGGCUCAAAAUCCAAAUGAUCCAUGGGGUCUGACUGUCAGCACAGUGAAUAACAGUGGAAACAUCAGCAGAAGCAAAGCUGUGGGUCUGGAUGUCAAAUGCAAAGGGUCGGACAAGACAUCCAGUAAUUGAAUCUGCAAAUAAGUCGGCUGAUGCAUUAGCUCACCUUCAGCUGUGGGUUCAGUGAGACUGGAGACAUCCCAGAAAGGACUGUCCAGAGUGCAACCAGCGUGAAGAAUUUACAGAUUCAGGACUUCUUUCAGGAAGCACGAUGUCUCCUUCACAAAUUCUACUGGUAUUUGUGUGUUAUCUACCUCUAGCAGCUUGCCUGCACUGUUACACCUGCGUGUUUCCUGCCAUCUCUUCCCUGGACUGUCUGAAGUUUCCUCAGGAAUGUCCCGCUGGGCAGCGCUGCCUGUCAAGUACUGCAACGGGAACACGCGGUGCACUGCAGCUGACGCUGUAUGAAAAGAGUUGUGCCAUCCCCUCCCAGUGUGGCGUGAGCGGACAGAAAUACACUGCAGGCAUCUACUUCAACUUCACAAAUGUCUGCUGUGAUACAGACCUGUGUAACAGGGCUGUGCCCGCUGCUGCCCUCUACUGGGGAGGAGUGUUGCUCUGCCUGCUGCCUGCAUACUUCGUGCUGCUGACCUAAGCAGCCUCAGAUAUUACCUGGAAAGAAAAAAAAGUGCAUAAAAAUGUACAUGAAUACUUCCAGCUGUACGCGCUUAACAGGGACGGAAAAUUCCUUCAUUUCUAAUAACAAUCACAUGCACGCCACAGCAAAUAUUAGCACUCCACUGAUAUUGUGUAGGAUUAUGUAAGUGUGUAAUAUUUUCCUCUCAUAUUUUAUAAAAAUUCUGACUAAAAACAGCUAAGACACUUUUUUUUAUUCUAAUAGUUGCAGGAAUUUACUGCCCUGAAAUGACAGGGAAAAACAAAGAAAAGUCACAGCUGGACAAAUACGAGCUGUAAAAGUACAACACUUAACACAGUUAUACAUUUUUAAAUAUAAUACUCUAACACUGGCUUUUAAAUACAUUAGAGAAAUAUAGAUUUUUUUUUCUUAUGGUGCAAUUUUUCAUGAAUUUAAAAAGUAACUCCAACCAUUUGUGUGUUCACAAUCCCAAUGCUAUUACAAUCUGAAAUGCUUCAGUAGUGAAUAAUAAAAUUAGAAUAAAAACACUCCACCUACUACUUGUUUUUUUAUUGUAAUAAUCAUAAAUGAACAACAGUAAUGUAUAAAACUGAUGUGAGCUUGAUUGUUUGCAUUGCUGAUUUAAAGUUAUUUAAAGCUUUUAUUUCCACACCACUGUUGACUUUGUGGGUUUUAAGUGCAAAAAAAGAAAUAAAAAGCUAAAAUACUCGGUGAAAAAGCACAGCAUAGGAAGUGAAAUGAAAAGCACAACAAACAAAAUACAUUUCAGAUAAAAAAAAAAAGAUAAACUUUGAUCAUUAAAAAAGCAUUUUAAGGAUUGUAACAGUAAAUGUUCCCUGAAAAAUGUACGAAGACAGUUGGAGAGAAUAAUACGAUCACUUUAAACAAACUUGCAGAACAUUAAAGCUGCAGUUUGGUCCCAAAGCUGAUUAUAAAAUACAGACGGAACAAUAAUUCAGUCAAGUGAAAAAUUGCAUGUCUGGCGUACAUCAAAGCUUGAGCGGAGUUUUCUUGUCUAAUUAAAAUGAUAAUCAACAAUAGUUUUCACAAUAGAUGUAACUUAUCACUGGACAGUGCACAGGAUUGUCUUUUUAGUUAGGAAAAAUUACACUUAGGUUCCAUAUUUUUAAACAAGUUUUACCCCAAAAUAACAAAAAUAAUAUAACGAGGCUCCAAAAUUAAAAGACAACAGUUUUGUAAUAUUAAUUUAAACAGUGUCUUGCAGGUACUUAAAUCUUUAAAAAAGCUGCAGUUAUUUUUUUGUUUCCAGUUCUUCUCAAUGGCUCAAUUUUAAGUUCCUCUUCAAGAAAUUUAAUACAAAUAGCACAGUCUCUUCAAAUACUGAAGAAAAGAACAACCUUCAAUUUAAUGUUACCGUUUUGCCUAACUGCUGAU